AUGGGUAUAACCAGUAAAGAGGAUGAUGCUCUUUCUACACCUCGUACAUCUGUAGGCUCUUCACAAAAGGAUAAUAUCUAUGAAUCGAGACACGAAGAUACCACACAACCAUCAAAACCCUUCUGGACACAUCAUUUAAACGACGAAAAGGAAUACGACAGACAACUAAGACAGCAUUAUGUAUUAAAGCAUAUUUUAAAUGGAAAUAUCCAUGUACCAAUUCCUUCCGAUAAGCCCGUGACAAUACUAAACGCAGCAUGUGGAGCAGGCUUUUGGACAUUAGACAUGGCAUACACAUUUCCUCAUGCACAAGUUAUGGGGUUCGACGCCUUUGACGCCAAAAAGAUUCAGGUCAACACAGCUCCCAACAUUGUUUAUAAAGACGGCGAUAUCACCAAACACAUGUCUUUACCUGAUAAUUGUAUGGAUCUGAUAUUUCAACGAGAUACCAGUUACAUGAUGCCUCAUGAACGCUGGCCGUUGCAUGUAGCUGAACUCUUUCGGAUUGUCAAACCAGGCGGAUACAUUGAACUCGUUGAAUACAAUUUCAAUGUCAAAAAUCCAGGACCCGUCUUGGCUUUGGUCAAUGAGUGGUACAGAAUUACGUCGGCGUCGGUGGGUGUGGAUCCGAAAGAAGCCAACCGUUUAAAGCGCUUUUUACUGACGGCUGGGUUUCAAGAUGUCUGCCAAAAGACUGUAUCCAUCCCGAUUGGUGAAUGGCCCGCUAGCUUAGCCGAAAAAGAAAAGGGCUUCUUGUAUAAACAGGUUGUCAACGCAUUAUUUAAGUCAAUGAAGACAUGGUGGAUCACUGAAUUAAGGAUUACUGAAAAAGAAUAUGAUAAAGUAGUCAGAGCGGCCCUCGAUGAAAUUGACGAACAGAGUUGCUCCAUUGACUGGAUAAUUUAUACCGCACAAAAGCCUCGCAUGUAA